CACAGAUAUACAAGCGAAUAAGUGUUCCUGGUUGGCGGUGCGGUGUAUGGAGCGAGCAAGUCCUAAACAGAGAGCUAUCAUGGAACAGUGCUACGGUCAAUAUGAUCCCCAGAAAAUUGCGAGUGUUAAGGAAGUCUAUGCGGAAUUAAACCUACCAAACAUCUAUGCCAAAUACGAGGAAGAAACAUAUAAUAGGAUUAAUACACUUAUUCACCAAGAAUCGGACGCUUUACCGCGUGAAGCUUUAUUAGAAAUAUUGAAUACAAUUUCUGAAAGAAAUAUCAAAUAAAAAGGAAAUAAUCUG